AUGGCAGGACAAAGUCCAUUGGAAGUUGGGGUUGUUGGCGGAGGGCUUGCAGGACUCUCGGCCGCCAUCGCGCUGAAGAGGGCCGGCCAUCAGGUCGAACUGUUUGAGAGAACCGCGUUAACGAAUGAAGCUGGCAUCACGCUGGGGAUCGCCCCGAAUGGCGAGCGAGUGUGCCACCGCUGGGGACUGGAUCUGAUGGCGGUUGGUGGCCUUGAAGCAUUCCAAGUGCGUCAUCUGGAUGGGAAAACCGCUUCCAUGACCUGGCACAAUUCGUUAAAAGACGUGCCUGAGAAAUACGGCGCGAGAUUCUGCUUUAUCCGGCAUGGGGACGUCCACGCGGGGCUCCUCCGGCUUCUGGAGACGACGCAAGGGCUGCCGGUCAAGGUCAACCUGGAGACAGCCAUCGAAGCGGUCGACUGCGAGAAGGGCACGAUCCAGACGAAAGACGGGCGGGUGGUUGAAAAAGAUCUGGUCGUGAUCGCCAACGGGGUGAACGUCACGGGGCAGGACUGUCCGCUGCAGGACACGGGCCUUUCGUUCUAUCGCUAUCUCGUGCCGGACGACGAGAUCAUGCAGGACCCCGAGAUCAGGCCGCUGUUCGAGAACCAGGAGGACCUGGAAAUCUGCUUCCUGCACCACCUGCCCGCCGGCAUAUCAAUCGUGACGUACCUGUGCGAAGGAGGAAAGACGCGGUCCGUCAACAUCUACUCGCCGCGCCUCGCAGAGGGCAAGAAGACACGAGUGACGCGCGAGGAGCUGCUAGCCCUGACCCGAGACUUCCAUCCCAGCAUCCGUGCCAUCGUCCAGCACGCCCCCGAGACCGACGUCCACGCCCAUUCCCUGCUGAUCCGCGAUCCGCUGCUGAACUACGUCCGGGGCAAGGCUGUCGUCAUCGGCGAUGCGGCCCACACCAUGAAGCCGCACCAGGGUCAGGGCGCAUCGAUCGCCAUGGAGUCCGCCGGCUGUCUGGAGGUCCUCUUUACCGGAGCCAGCAAAGAUGACGUGCCGUCCCGGCUGAGGCAGUUUGAGAAGCUCCGGCUGGGCCGAUGCGGCCCGGUCCACGUCUUUUCCAACAUGCCCCUGGGGCCGCAAGGCUAUCCGUGGAUGCUGGAAAAGAUCCGUCCGUUCUGGGACGAGACGAGACCGCUGCCGCCGCCGGGUUCCAGGCCUUUAUCAGAGCCAUUCCGCGAGUUUAUUUUCGGCUACGAUGUCUUUGCGGAGACUCGAAAGGCGCUGGAAGAGGCCCAAAAGGACUGCAGGCUGAAUGGCACCACCGUGAACGAUGUUUCCCACGAGAAAGAAACAGUGAAUGGGGUCGUAUGA